AUGGUCUGUGUGUCCGGUGCGCAGCUGUUCUACGGCGAAGUGCCGGUGAAGGUGAUUCCCCCGCCUGAGGAAGAGGAUGUGGAGGGUGAAGCUGGGGAAGGGGGCGAGGCGGCAGAAGCGCCGCCGCAGCCGCAGCCGAAGCAGAAGGCCCCGGCGCCACCCCCGCCGCCCAAGGGGAAGCCCAAGUCGAAGUCGGUGGCCGCGCCGCCGCCGCCGCCCGAGGUGCCAGAGGAGGAGCUCGAGAGGUGCCCGCCCCCGGAGCUGGUCGAAGCGCUGGCCGAGGGCAAGACCAUCGUGCACUACGCCGAGGCGCUGUCGCCCGCCGUCGAGGAGGGGCAGCUGCCGCCGCCGCCCGAGGACAUCGUCAAGAAGGUGGCGCGCGCCGUCUACGGCUGCGAGGCGCCCGCCGAGGGGCACGCCCAGCAGAUAGACCCCGAGAGGUACGGCGGCUCCGUGCAGGCCUGCGGCACAACCGAGCACCCAAGUGGGUCGCCCACUUCUCUCAUCUCUCCUGCAUACACUGCUGCCCAUUAA